AUGGCGUCUAAAACAACAAAAAAUCCGAUCCUUUUACAGAAAGAGCACUUCACAAAAGAUCUAAAAACAGGAAUGCCUGUAGAGUUUUAUAAAGAGUUUUAUUUGCUGUUGUUAAUAUAUAAAAGUGUGAAAGAGAGUUAUUUGGUUUUCGUUGAAACUCUGCCGAAUGAGCCACCUCCAGUCUGGACUUCAACGGAUAACUCCCAUAAUAUCAUAUACGCUCCGCAUUGGUAUGAUCUAAAAUCCGUCUUCAAUAAGGCAUCCGAUGGAUUGAUCACCUAUGAUGUUCAAAGUCUAAGGAAAGGAAAAAUGUCGUAUCUGCUACUUACUCAAAGCGCCAAGAAUAAUUACACGGGUCAAGAGAUUAUACGCAUCAUAGCAACUCUUUUCGGACGCGCCAUGGAGAAAAAUCUUGUUAAUUUCACCCUUUGGGACUAUAAUCCAACAAACGAUAACACGUAUGGUGACCACUGGAAUGGAGAAGACUUUUCCAUCUACUCUCCUCUGCCAAAAUCCAAGACAAUGAAUUUCACUAUUCAAACAAUAAUCAGCAGAUGA